UGACACACACUCUCACAUACACACACUCAUUCAGGAGAAGGUGUUUAGGACACACACGUGGAGAAGACAUCCUGCGUGUGGUCUAAGGAAAAGGUCAAAGGUUCAAGGAGGACAUUUUCGUCCCAAAACAAAAAAAAAACCCCAGCGGUGAACGUUCCGGCAAGAACGCGUUGCCGUCUGUCUUAUCGUCUCUGUUGGGUUCCUCCAGUAAACUGCCCCUGAGAUGUUUAAGGUGCUCUGGCAUGGAGUAGCAAGCCCAGUGUUCCUGCAUUAGACCCCAGAUCCAUUACAACCAUGAUCAGGAUGAAGUACCUGCUGAAGAAGUGAAUUCAAAAAUGUCCAUUCAUCUAAGAGAUAAGAGCGUAGUAUUAAAGAAGCUACUUAAGGAUGAAUUCCUGCAUAAUUACUGCAUGAAGGUGUAACAUGUUGACUGUGGAUGCAGGUAUGAGAAGCGGAAUCAUGGCGCCCAUGUAUGUGGAUUUGUCGACGUGGGAGGCAGCGAACCUCCCGUCUGUGGCGCUCCUGUCUGUGGUCAUCCUCUUUGUUCUCGCCAUCACGCUCCUUGCUCUCUGUACCAGUUGUCAGCGACAAUCCUUUACUCUGGAAAAAAGCAAUACACCGACAUAUUCGGCGGAGACGAACUCCUCCACGCUGGUUCGAGUCGUGAAGCCAGGAACUGAAACAGAGACCCCCACCCCUGAGAGGAAUCUCAGCGUGUUGCCUGAGGACCUCCAGCUCGGCCCCAAUCAACAGUUUAAAGCCUGGAGGAGUCACACGCUAGAGAAGAACACACAUACAGCCAUGAACGGUGGCAUGGUGACCAUGUAGAGAGUCUGAUGGCGAGAACAGCCUCAUCGUCUCAUCAUCUGUCAUAGGAUCGAGUCUCGAACUGUGUCUACUCAAAAUACUUCUCCGUAAAAAACAGAAAACAAAUCCUCUCAGAAAAGACAUGAAUAACACAUCCCACGCAUUGCUGUCACCAUACCACAGCAUGUUCACAAACAGUGCUGAAGAAAAGAAGGUUCCAGAAAUGUUCAUGAGUGGAGCUCGAAUUGAAUCCUUUUUUUUUUAGGUUGUUUUUUUUACGCCAUGACCCGAAGCACGGUGGGCCGUCUCUUCUGGCUAGCACAAAAACCAGAUGAUUGAUCUUGGUGGUACUGAUAUUAGAUCACAACUGUGCAGAAGAACAUCAGGAUUUCUAGCACACCACAAGACUGAAAGGAACCUGCUCUACUUUAUUGGCCAGAAAGAUAAAAAUUCAUCCAAGAAAAAUGUCAUUAUACACUCUUAUAUAUGAAGGUCACUUUAUCUUGUAAACAUAGAUGAUUUUAGAUAUUAUAAAAGUUAAAUUUUGAUUUAAUUUUACCAUCGGUGUUGGGAAAUCUGACAUUUCUCAAAUAAAUUCUACACAAGUUUAGGUGAAAAUCAGGGUUCUAUAAACAUGUUUCUAAAAAUGUUUUAUAUACUAACCUUUAAAAAAAGUAUUAACAUCUAACAACAACUAAACUAACAGGCAAAAAAAGUAAUAAUGAUGUUGGUGAUUGUACUUGGCAAAUUAUUUCCCACGGUUAAAGAAGCCACAGCAGUUUUAUGGGUCUGUAUGAAACCAAACGCUCAGAGCCUCAUUGAUCAAUCGUGGUCUUUUUUUUUUUGUUUUUACCAAAAAUUAACCAAAGUAAAAAAAUUCAACCAGAAAGUUUCCCUGGUUUUCUGCAUACUCACAUUCUUGUGUUAAUAAACAGCUGUAAAUACCAAAGUGCUGAUUUAUAUAUAGACCCGCAUACAAAAACUGUAAAAGCAAAGCUCACAGACGGCUGCAAAACAAAAAAGUAGGCAAAAAUUCCAGUAAUGCAGCUCAGCCACUGCAGCGCUUCUCUCCAGACACACGCUGGCCUUGUUGUAUAGGGUGCCAUUACUUUUGUCCUGAUUGAAUUGUAAAGGCUUAUUUAGCGCUAGCAACUUUCAAUGAACAAAACAUUAAGGUGUAAUUGGCAAAACUGAUUCAAAUUUAACAAUAAAAUCUGUUGAUUUAAUUUGCGUUGAUUUGAAGUCGAUCAGUCGGGUUUCUGAUUUCUGCAUGUCCAUUUUUUUACACAAACUCAGCAACUAAUCAAACUGGAUUUUCUGCCAUUUAUCAUGUGAAUACUGUGCAAACAUCUUACAGUAAACCUGUUUGUAUUGAUAGUAAUAAAAAAAAGGCCCGCCAUGAGUCAUAAUCAGUUCAUCAGUAAUACUCGGCAGGAGUGCUCCAUGAAAAGGGUGUUAGGCUUCACGUAACCGAGGAUGUCGUGUGUAUCUGUGUGACUGAAAAGAUGGAACUACUUAACUCCUUCAAUCUCUUUCCUUUUGAACGGUUUUCCGUAUGUGACACACAACGUUGUGAAUGAAUAAAAAACCUGUGAUGUUUC